AUGGCGGACACGCAGGGCGGCGCCGCGGCGGCGCAGCGCGACGCGGACGAUCCGUUCGACCUUCAGGCUCCGAAGCUGAUGGCGGAUAUCGUGAACUUCACGAUCGACUUCAUGGCGGAGGCCAUCGACAGCCUCGAGGUCACCGCGGAGCAGGCCUUCAAAGACGGCAAGAACCGCCCACGAGGGCCGGUCGCGGGCUUCUCGCCGCAGCAGCUCACCGCGUCCUGCGAGCGGGUCAACAGGGCCCUGUACGAGGCGGUGCAAUCAAAUAUGGAUCGGUUGGAGUUGUAUGCGUUGGGGACUUGUUUCAACGUGCCGCCGGGCCUGACGGACGGCAGCGCCGCGGGACCCGCGGCGGACGGUGGCGCGCAGGGCGUCUCCGAGGACGCCGUCGCCGGCAUGGACCGCGAGCUCGAAGCGCUGCGGGCCCGCAUCGUUGCGUCGCGCGCGGCAACGCGGGAGAUGCGCCGCGAGGCGGCGCUGCUCGACAAGGAGAUGGAGCGCUGCGGGGACCCCGCGGAGAUCGAGGCGGUCGCGAUGGCGGCGGCGGGGAAGCCGAGCGUGGCCGAGGACGCGGCGGCAAUAGCGGCGGCGGCACUGAAGCUGCAGCCUCUCCUGCAGCGAGCACAGCGGCUCCGGGACACGCUGCUGCAACGGAAAGCGGCGGGCGCGACGAAGCCGGAGCAGCAGCGCAAGCAGGUGGACGCGAGCGUGGAGGAUCUCGGGCACGCGCUGGCGUCGCUGCAGCCGUGA